AUGGCAACAGCUCAGGUCGUCCGUUCAGGCCCCAUCGGUCAGCCUGAUAUCGACUACGCCCCCAAUCUCGAUAAAUACCUGGCGAGAGUGAACCGCCGCAAGGAAACCGAGAAGCUCGAGAAUGAACUUCCCACUGGAUUCCCGAAGCAAUUGGAGUCUGAUCUUGUUUGGGAUGGGAAGGAUAUUGCGGAGAAGUAUGAGUUUACGUAUGAGUUGAAUGAAAACGAGUUGGAGGAGAUCGAGGCUGCGUUGAAGUAUUUUAAAUCUCUGGACAAACCACUUGGCUUCGUCGACCAGGAAACGUUUCCCUUGCCAAAGCUCCACGCCGCCUUGAGACAGAUCUCCCACGACGUGCACCACGGUCGAGGCUUCAAAGUACUCAGAGGCCUGCCAUUCGACAAGCACAACCGCGAGGAGAACGUCAUCAUAUACGCCGGCGUAGCAUCCCACGUAGCCUCAAUCCGAGGCCGACAAGACCACCAGAUCAAUGGCAAGCCCGCAGAUGUCGUCCUCAACCACAUCAAGGAUAUGAGCGCCAUCGUAGAUGCCAGCAAGAUCGGCGCUCCGGCUUAUACGACUGACAAGCAGGUCUUCCACACCGAUGCUGGAGAUGUCAUUGCUUUGGCGUGUUUGGAGAGUGCUGCGGAAGGGGGCGAGAGCAAGCUUUCUAGUUCAUGGACGGUGUAUAACGAACUCGCGAGGACGAGACCAGAUCUCAUCCGAACUCUUGCAGAGCCUUGGGCGGCCGAGAACUUCAGCGGCCAAGGCUCCCAAUUCUCCCUCCGCCCCCUCCUACACUACACCCCAGCAACGACCACCUCCCCCGAGCGCAUGAUAAUCCAAUAUGCCCGCCGAACAUUCACAGGCUACUGGGGUCUCCCCAGAUCCUCCAACAUCCCACCCAUCAGCGAAGCCCAAGCCGAAGCUUUGGAUGCUCUACACUUCCUCGCGGAGAAGCACGCCUUGUCUCUGGACUUCAGAAAGGGAGACGUGCAAUUCGCGAAUAAUCUGAGCAUUUUCCAUGCGCGGGAUGGGUUCAAGGAUACGCCGGAGCAGCAACGCCACCUCAUCCGCCUCUGGCUUCGAGAUCCCGAAAACGCGUGGAAGACGCCCGAGGCGCUGAAGGGGCGAUGGGAGCACGUCUACGAGGGCGUCACGCCGGAGAAUUCUGUGUUUCCCCUCGAACCUAGGAUUCGAUCCUCGAGCGCUGGGAAGCCGGCAGAGUAG